CGUGUGUGAGUGUGCCAUGAGGAUGAUCAGGUCACCAGUCGACCUGACCUGACCAGUGCGGUGUGAGCCACAGCGCGACGCCAUCGGCAUGCUGGGGGCGGGUGCGCGAACGCGCUGUCACUUGUGGUGGGGGGCGGGGAGGCCGCGGCGCGCCCCGCACCUGUUCUGGAAGCAGGUGUACACAUGUGUCCUAAUCGUGACGGUGCUGAGUGCCUCGAGUGUGCAGUGCUGCGGGCCAGGUCGGGGCGGGGGCCGACGCAGGCCGCCGCGUAAGCUGACCCCGCUCGUGUUCAAGCAGCACGUGCCCAACGUCUCCGAGAACACGCUGGGCGCGUCGGGCCUCACGGAGGGCGCCAUCACCAGGGACGACCCGCGCCUGCACGACCUCGUGCCCAACUAUAACUCGGACAUCAUCUUCAAGGACGAGGAAGGCACCGGCGCCGACAGGCUCAUGACGGAGAGAUGCAAGGAGAAGCUCAACACGCUGGCCAUUAGUGUGAUGAACCAGUGGCCGGGCGUCAAAGUAAGGGUGACCGAGGGAUGGGACGAGCAGGGUCACCACGCCCCUCACAGUCUCCACUACGAAGGUCGCGCCCUCGACAUCACCACGUCGGAUAAGGAUCGAUCAAAAUAUGGAAUGCUAGCCAGACUUGCGGUGGAAGCUGGCUUCGACUGGGUGUAUUACGAGUCUAGAUCUCACAUCCACUGCUCUGUAAAAUCAGAGUCGUCGGCCGCGAGCAAGCUGGGCGGCUGCUUCCCCGCGUCGGGCCAGGUCCAGACGCCGUCGGGGCCGCGCCCUGUGUCGGCGAUCCGCGAGGGCGACGAGGUGCAGGUGAUGGGCGCCGACGGCCGCCUCUCCUUCAGCCCCGUCCUCAUGUUCCUGCACCAGGACGCCGCCGUGUCCCGCGCCUUCCUUGCAGAUCACACGUCGAGCGGGACGUCCCUCACGCUCACGCCCUCGCACCUCCUGCUGGUCCUUCAGCGCCACCAGGAGGAGGAGAGGUUCGAAGAGGAGGACGGGACGGCGCUCCCUCCCCCUCCCCCGAUGCCCUUGGCGCCGCCCACGCUGAGCGAGGCCCUCGAACACGGAGGGGCUGUGCUGGCGGGGCGGGUGGAGGUGGGAGACUUCCUGCUGGUGCGGACAGGCGAGGGCGAGGCCGUGAGGCUGGAGGAGGUGGUGGAUGUGCGCCAGGUGGUGGGGUCGGGGGUGUUCGCUCCUCUUACAGCUGAGGGCACCGUGGUCGUGGACGGCGUCGUGGCGUCCUGCUACGCUGUGGUCGACUCGCAGGCCAUCGCGCACUGGGCCUUCCUGCCCGUGCGCCUCUACGUCAACCUCAAGGACGCCGCCAUCACGCUGCUGCGCGCCCUGGGCUCCCUCGCGCCCCGCCUGCGCGGCCCCAUCACUCCCUCCUUCGCUGGCGCCGACGCGGCCGAGGAGGACGGCCUCCGGAACCACAGCAGCGUGAGGCAGGAGGAAGAGGAGGUGGGGAACGUCCUCCAGGACCUGCGGAUAUGCAUGUACGCGUGCGUGCUAAAAGGCCAGUUAUCCACAGUUUGUGCUGAUGCAGAAUAUGAUAGUUGUCAACACCAAGCUGAGUGCCAUAAUCCAUCUGGAUACUUACAUACCACAUGUAUAUGGCAACGUGGCAACACAUACGCAUACGACAUAGAGAUGUUUACAACUCUUUCUCGCCUCUAUGGUGCCAAUUACAGACUAUAA